AUGAGUAGCGCGGGAGCAUUAACGCCGUAUGAAAUCAAACGCGACGAGCGCGUGGCCAGGAACAAAGCGAUAUUAGCAAAACUCAUAGCUAAUAAUCCGUUACAUCAACACAUGAUGGUGAGGAUGGGGAGCAAAGACGAUUCAGACGACGAAGACGGGGAGAGAACGACGAAGACGAAGACAAAGAAGAAGAUCAAACGAGAGAUUAACUUGGAAGACGUGAGACGGUCGGGACGGAUUCGAAAGUUACCGGCACCAAUUUAUACCACUUUCGAGUUGAACGAAGACUUGGGGAAUGGUACGAAGAACAGGAAGAGUUUCAACAGCGCUGUUGGUAAAAAAAGGAAGAGUUCAGAGUCGGAAGAAGAGUUGAAGAAGCAGAAAAAGAGUAUUGAUAAAAAAAGUCAACCGCCAUCCUCUCCGCAGUCCCUGAAAGCGUUGAAUGCAAAGUUGAAACACAUAUACUCGGAGUUUCUCGGCCACAGAAUAGAAACAAACGAUGGCGGGUUGAAAGCGGCGGUGGUGCACGAGCUGUCGCCGAUUGCGCACCCGAAAUUUUCGAAAAUGUCAGGGAUACAAGAGUGGAGGAAUUGCGUCGUUUUGUACGUAAAUGUUGGAGACAAGUAUGGAAAUUCCUACGAUAACGUGUUUACAAACUGUGGUGGGUGCAUCACGUGGUUCGCCCAACCGAGACAGGACGAGGAGAGUUCGCCAAUACGGACGAUUUUGAGCACCAUGUCCAAGAAGGAAGUUUCGUGCGAGGAGACAAAGAACAAAGCUUUGGAGGAAGGCGAAGAGGCGGAAAAGUCGUUUCCGAAAUGGCCCGUACAUUUAUUCUGUCGAAUGGAGGGAGAGACGUACACGUACUGUGGACGAUUGAAAGCGUUGAACUACGAAGCGAACAAGCGACCGAUGAAGUUCACUUUUCAGUUGUUGGACGCUCCGUUGUUGCGCGUUUCGCAAGAUUUUCUCUCUCUGGUCGAACUCGCGGACGGAGAUGUACAUCAGUAA